AUGCGGUUCCUCUUUACACGGGGUCCGCAGUGCCACUCCAGCAACUCAGAUGACCCCGGAUACUCCCUACCAACCAGCGACCGGGAUUCCCCGGCUCUACCGGAGCCAGUGGAAGACCACGACGAACGGAACGAGAGGGCAGAGUGCAGUCAGACAGACGACAAGGAUGACGAAACAGGAUCCUCCUGCUUCGCGCGAGACGAUAGUGACACACCUGAUACGAAAGCAGCUCGCAAGAAGAAGACCCGCACCGUGUUCAGCCGGAGUCAGGUGUUCCAGCUGGAGUCCACCUUCGACAUGAAACGCUACCUGAGCAGCACUGAGCGGGCGGGGCUGGCCGCUUCUCUACAACUUACCGAGACUCAGGUCAAGAUUUGGUUCCAGAACCGCAGGAACAAGUGGAAGAGACAGCUAGCUGCCGACAUGGCGUCCACGAGUAUCGCCUUUUCGGCUCAAAGGAUUGUCAGGGUUCCUAUUCUUUACCACGAGAACGCUUCACCUGGGACACUGAACGCAAACCUGGCACAGGUGUCGCCACCCUUAGUGGGUUUUUCGAGUACUGUGAAUUUUCCCAUCUCCCAGUUCACCCACCCCAUGUCUUUUAUAAGAUCACAAAUGACAGGCCUAGUGUGA